AUGGCCGACCCCACUAUUACGGUGGCGGCGCGGCUUGGCGGAAUGUUGGCGUUGGGAAGUCCAAAACACCAAGUCGAUAAUCACCACUCGGCACUGUUACCAAGGCCACACCGAUACGGUUGCCAACCCCUAAGGAUGUCACACGACGACACAUCUCACCGCCGCGCGCGGUCAACCUCCCGUUCCCGCCCAACGACACCCCUGCGGCCCUCGUCCCGCUCCUCGUUCCGCGACUCGGCCCGCAACAGCGUGCAAGGCGAUGCCGCCUCCUUCCCACUCAACACCUUCGAGCCGGCCUUCGCUGAGUUGUCGGAUGCCGUUGCCGACCUUGAGGCAAAUAUGAUGCACUUCCAGCUCAUGCAUGAGAGCUUGUCGCGGUUUAGCGAGAGCUUUGCAAGCUUUCUGUACGGCUUAAACAUGAAUGCCUUCUGUGUUGAUUUUCCAGAGGGCCCAAUGACGGAAUCGUUUAAACGGAUGAAGUUGAAAGAGGAACAGGAGCAACAGCAUAACGCAACGAGGAUUCCUGAACGGAGCGCUAGCGAUAUCGACACCGAGGCGACAUUCAUGUAA